UGUGGGAAGUCACAGGUGGAUUGUGGGAAAUUAAAGCUGAAAAGUUACAGGUGGAAUUUGGGACGUAACAAAAGUGUAUUCUAACAUUUGAAUACAGUCUACGAUUCAAACGUAUAAAGUACGUGAAGUCUCUUUUUUGCGUUUUGCGUUUACACGCAUAUUCCUGUUAGCAGCUGAAAGGUCAAAGGUCACAGAACAGCGGCGGAAUCUGCAGAUUCAGGUGUGUUUUCUGUGACUCGUGUUACCAGGACAACCGGAUCCACGUGAAAUAUGAGCCGAUGUUUCCACGAGGAAGUGACACGUCACCCAGAGCUGUGCUCCCUGCGAGACGCCAUGUUCCCUGUCGACUCUCCAGAUGUGAAGGACACUGACCUGACAUCAGCUUCUGAACAGUACCUCUCUUCUCUGCAGUCCAGACCUUCUGAUAACGACUGGUUUGAGUUGUCUCAGACGUCAAAGGUGGAGAUAACGUGGAACAACGUGAGGCGGCUGCGGCUGUUUGAGGAGGACGGGCCUGACGCUGCGCUGCCGGCGCUUCAUCCUCCUGAUGAUCCAACACAAGUUGUGGCUUUGUACCUGCGUGAGAGGUGGUGGCCUGUGGAGGACAUUUUACGGACGUCCAGUAAAUCCAGAUGUGGUUUGAUGUUGGUGCAGUCGCUCAUGGAGAGGCUCGUCGUGUUCCUGCUGAGUCAGGUAGUGGAGAGGUCCUCACAGCAGGGGGCGCUGUUCUCCCUGCAUCCCCGCACCGAGAGCUGCAAACUGCUGUGGACGGACAGUCAGGCCGUCGGCUUCUACUCCGUCAAACACAAAGGCAGCCUGUGCGACGGCCGGAGCGCUCCCUGUUACCUGCUGCCCGUCCUGGACACCGUGCUGGUGAGGAGGAGCUGGAGGAGGAGAGGCUCUGCUCUUCAGAUGCUUCAGGACUUCUGCUCCUCCUUCGCCACAGAGGAGCUCCUGGGCCUCAGCGCUCCGCUGUCACCCAGCAUGGCGGCAGUGUGCAGGAAGUUCUUGCAGCAGCACGAGGAUCAGCGGGAGCGUCUGUACGAGGUGGAGGCUCCGGGCGGCUGGGCUCGACGCCGAAACAUCUGGCUCAACAUCCAGCUCGGACGCUACGCCCUCAGGACAGAUGAUGUUUGAAUCUGUUGUGUUGAGAUGUCUUUAAGAAUUUCAUCCUCAUGCUACAAGACUCAAAACACUUCCUGAGGAUUCCAGUGUGUUCUGUGCUUAUCUACAUUUAAUUCUACUUUUAUUUUUUUGUUCAAAUAUGCUCAAAAACAUACUUUUAAUGUUGAGAGGAGCUGCCAGAGGAAACUGUUUUCUCCAUAUCAUAGAUCUGAACUCGGCCAUCCUGGGCCGAAGACCACAAUAAAUAUAUGAAUUAUAUAUUUAUACAUUUAUAUUUAAAUUAAUUAGUGGGCUUCAGCUGUACUUUUGACCUGGAAUCUAUUAUAAUAAAACCAAGAGUUUAAUCGAUA